AUGGCACCCGAUCUCUCCCAAAACAAAGCCGUGAAACUUGUUGCACACGCCGCAGCAAACAAAUACGCCAUCUGCGCAACAUGUGUCUACAACGUUGAAGGAAUCCUCGCAUCUGUUCGCGCUGCAGAAGCCAAGCGCGCUCCCCUCAUUAUCCAGCUCUUCCCAUGGGCAGUACAAUACGCAGAUGCCAUUCUUGUCCACGCCGCACGUGAAGCAGCAGACAACGCCAGUGUGCCCAUUGCGCUCCACAUGGACCACGCCCAAACACCCGAGAUUGUAAAGAAGGCAGCAGAUAUCAAGAACGGCUUCGACGGCAUCAUGGUUGACAUGAGCCACUACGACGACAACCUGGAGAAGACCAAAGAACUAGUCGCCUACUGCAACGAGCGCGGCAUCAUCACCGAAGCCGAACCCGGCCGUAUCGACGGCGGCGAAGACGGCGUAGGCGACCUCAGCGAAAUGGGCCUCGAAGCCAUCCUCACCACGCCCGAGCAAGCAGAAGAAUUCGUCGCAACAGGCAUCAACUGGCUGGCCCCCGCCUUCGGCAACGUCCACGGCAAAUACGGCCCGAAAGGCCCACAACUCGACUAUGAGCGCCUCAAGCGCGUCCACGCUCAAGUCGGCGACCGCGUCAGCCUUGUGCUGCACGGCGCGGGCAAAGAAUACUUCCAGGAGAAGCUCCUGCGCGAGUGCAUUGACUGCGGUGUCGCCAAGAUGAAUAUCAACGAUGGUUUCAAUGAUGAUUACCUGGAUGUUAUGAGGGAGCAUGCGGCCAAGACUCCGCUUACGGGCUUGAUUGAGAAGUCGACGAAUGCCAUGCAGAAGAGUAUUGAGCAGUAUAUUGUCUGGAUGGGAGGUGAGGGUAUGGCGGAUAAGAUGUGA